GGCUGUAAAUUUGUGUAGGAAAAUGGGAAAUUUAUUGUGCUGUAUUCAAGUGGACCAAUCCACCGUUGCGAUCAAGGAGCGAUUUGGGAAAUUUGAUGAAGUUCUUGAGCCAGGCUGCCACUGUUUGCCUUGGUUUCUUGGAAGCCAGAUGGCUGGCCAUCUCUCUCUUCGACUGCAGCAGUUGGAUGUCAAGUGUGAGACCAAGACCAAGGACAACGUGUUUGUGAAUGUGGUGGCAUCGGUGCAGUACCGCGCCAUUGCUGAUAAGGCUAACGACGCGUUUUACAAGCUCACCAACACGAGGAGCCAGAUUCAGGCCUAUGUGUUUGAUGUGAUCAGAGCCAGUGUCCCAAAACUCAACCUUGAUGAUGCUUUUGAGCAGAAAAACGACAUUGCUAAGGCCGUUGAAGAUGAACUUGAGAAGGCUAUGUCGGCCUAUGGAUAUGAGAUCGUGCAGACGCUGAUUGUUGAUAUAGAGCCGGACGAGCAUGUUAAGAGAGCUAUGAAUGAGAUCAAUGCAGCUGCUAGGAUGAGGGUGGCUGCAAAUGAGAAAGCAGAAGCUGAAAAGAUUCUGCAGAUCAAGAGAGCCGAGGGCGAGGCAGAGGCCAAGUACCUGGCGGGUGUGGGCAUAGCCCGUCAGCGCCAGGCGAUUGUGGAUGGUCUGAGGGACAGCGUGCUGGGGUUCUCCGUGAACGUGCCUGGGACCACUGCCAAGGAUGUCAUGGACAUGGUCCUCGUCACCCAAUACUUUGACACGAUGAAGGAGAUUGGCGCCCACUCCAAGUCAUCCUCCGUCUUCAUCCCACACGGACCAGGCCAUGUCCGUGAUGUGGCAGCCCAGAUUCGUGACGGCCUUCUUCAGGCUUCCAGCUUCCACCUUAACGUCAGCGCUGCAUCAAAAGACAUUUUCUCGGUGUUCAAUUGUAUCAUCUAGUUCUCUCAUUUUGUCGAUUACUUGUCUGCAUUUUGAUAUACUGUUUUUAUUCCUCUGUUUGAAGAAUUGCACAGUGCACAUGAGUUUGGUAAAGAUAUAUAUUGUACAGUAAGAUUGUUCUGUAAUAUACAUAAUGUUUCUAGCAUAAUUUGGUAUUUACAAUUGCAUUGUUUUCUUCUUA